CUGGGACCAAUCAGAGAUCUGGCAGAAACUUUGUAAACAAGUCUUACACGUUGUGGGAAAUAUAUUUGAUUUGAUCGUUUCAGUGAGCUGUAUCGUUGGGAAUCCCGCAGGACUGGAAGACUUCAUUAAGAGAUCAUUCAAUGAGAGAGAUGCUCAAAUACGCAACACAGACCAGGCCAUGGUGCUAAGGUCAACCUAUCUCUCCAAAGGGAGGAGGAGAGCAUCAGAAGAGAUGGUCAGCCCUCUGGCCUCGGUCAGGCCAUUGUCUUCCAGCAGGUGAGGUCACUCCUACCGUGACGCUAGUCCCUUGACCGACGGUGCAGACGAAAGGUCUGGCCAACCUGAAUGAUGUCCUCAACAGUGCUGCAUCGCCCAGUGAAGACAGGAUCCCACCUGUGAACAGCAGCUUUGAGAGCGUUGGAGCGAGUCAGGAAUGGUGGUUGGUCGGGUGUGGCUCAUCUCAGGUUUGUGAAGAACAGAAGUGUGAGGAAGAGGUUUUUCCCUUGGCAAUGAACUACUUGGACAGAUUUUUAGCCGUGGUUCCAACCAGAAAGUGUAAUCUGCAACUUCUUGGAGCAGUUUGCAUGUUCCUUGCAUCCAAACUGAAAGAAACUCGUCCAUUAACUGCAGAGAAACUCUGCAUCUACACAGAUAACUCCAUCAGACCACAGGAGUUACUGGAGUGGGAGCUGGUGGUGCUGGGGAAGUUGAAGUGGAACCUGGCGGCUGUCACUCCAAAUGACUUCAUAGAGCACAUUGUGAGGAAGCUGCCAUUGCCCGAAGAGAAGUUAGUGCUGAUACGCAAACACGUGCAGACCUUCAUUGCCCUCUGUGCUACAGACUUCAACUUCGCAAUGUACCCCCCGUCCAUGAUCGCCACAGGCAGUGUGGGAGCGGCUAUCUGUGGCCUCCAGUUGGACUCGGGUGACCAGUCACAGUGGGGGGACAGUCUCACAGACCUGCUGGCCAAAAUCACCAACACUGAAGUGGACUGUCUGAAGGAGUGUCAGGAGCAGAUUGAGAGGGUCUUGGUGAGCAGCCUGCGAGAGGGACGGCAGCAGCAACAGCAGCAGCAGCAGGUCCAGCGUGGCCCCAGCAGUAAGACCAUGGACGAGCUGGAUCAGUCCAGCACCCCAACGGAUGUUCGCGACAUCAACUUGUGAGCCUGCAAAAAGAGAAGCAGCGCAUCCGGAAUACGCAUCAAAUCAACAUAAAAAAAACGACAAAAAACAAAAACAACAAAAACAAACUACCCCUUGAAAAAAAAUGCUUGCUAAUUUUUUUUAGAGAUUUUUUUAUUUUGUUAUAUAAAAACAUGCGCCCAUGUAUUGUAUGAAAGGAAAGCUAUUUUUAGAUAUAAAAUAGAUAUACUUUAAAAGCUAUGAAUUGAUAUAUGGACGCUCUAUGGUGCCUCAGAUAUACAGAAGGCAAGCCAAUUAUAUGUUGCGUUCUGUUUUUGAUUGUAUAGUCAUGAUAAAGUUAUAUCGAAUAAGACAACAAUAGCUUAAUGAGGAGUUCAAAAAUGUUUGGGGAGACCAUUCCAGGCUUGCAUAUAUGGGAUCACAAUCGGGGCAAGGUUUUUCUGUGUUGUUUAGUUAAUUAUUUUGGUUAAUGUUGGUCUGCCAGAGAUAGGAGCCCAGUAAGGGCUCCGCUGACCGUGAAUGGCAGGUCUCAACGUGGCAUAGUUUGGCUGUGUGUUGGGGACGAGGGGAGCACUUUGCAGGAAUUGCAGAGUGUUGUGCUAAGAAAGAGACAAGUAGGGUCCAUGGAACAGCCAAGUAUAUAAUAGUGAAUUACAUUAUUAUGAUUAUUAUUAUUAAGAAACGUAUUUGUGAAUACAGAGUAAUAGACGUCAAUAAGCUCUUUUUGUCAGGCUGAUUGUUCGUGUGGGUGUGUGUGUGUGGGUGGGUGUAACUGCCAUGAUGUGAGUUUUGUAUCAGCUCAACUGUGUGUGUGUGUGUGUGUGUGUGUGUGUGUGUGUGUGUGUGUGUGUGUGUGUGUGUGUGUGUGUGUGUGUGUGUGUGUGUGUGUGUGUGUGUGUGUGUGAGUGUUAUGGCUUGGCGCUUGAGUGGAAAGACUAGACUAGUGGUAGACUAUGGAACAGACUCAUUCUCUGCAGGGCAUCUAUGUUAUAUCACUGCCUUAAGUUAAUAUGCGUUGUCGGCCGACAAAAAGCUGGGGGUCUGAGUCCACUUAGUGGGUGAGAGAGAGAGAGAGAGAGAGAGAGGGACGGCUGUGUUCCCUCAUUUUUGUCUAGAGGAGUUUGGCAAUGGACCAUCUGCUUUCAGAAGUUUCAUUCGAGGUGUUUGUGUUUUUCACUGCCAACAUACCAAUCAAAUAGUGUUUGUAUUUUUAUGUUGUUUUUGAGUUUUUUUGUUAUUUUGUUACGGAAGGAGCUUCAGGCUGCUUAGCGUCAGCAGGGAGGACUGUGUGCCCCUCUUGAUGGUACAUUAGUAUCUCAGAGGAGAGGGGAGGCCUGUGGUCUGUGGUGGUUGUAUGGGGUCUGGGGGGUGGACAGGUAUAGAUGGAAAGAAAGGGUUUGUUUCAGUGCAGAAGCAUGUUGCUGUGUAGAGGAAGGAGAUGUAGUGGAGUUGCUGAAAGAUACAGGAGAGGAGCCCAAUGGCCUCAUAUGACAUCUAUCUGAUUUCUGCGUUUUGGGCAGACUGAGGCCACGGGUGGCAAAUUAGGAUCAAAACCAGACUCAUUAUUUGAGAAUGAACUUUCUGGGUUCAUUAGAAGAGAGGAAAAUGUAUUGGAGCAGGGGAAGAUUUGUGAUCAAUGCAUCUGUAGUCCCUCAUAGAGUUGUUUCAACGCGCCUGUGAUUUCAACAGCAAAGCACUUUGAAAACACGCUCCCCAAUGGACAAAUGAAAUGGUUACGGUGUGGGGAUCUAUGGAUGCUUUCUGUUUUCUCGUUAGCUUUUACUUUGUAGGGCUGGUUUCCCACAUUCAGAUGUACCCACUUGGCAAGCAGGUGUCAAAAUAAUGCCUAACACCUUAUGACAUGAGGACAUUCCGAUCUGAAAACAUUCCGAAAUAAAGAAAAGUGCAAGGUGAAAGGAGCGUCUGACCAUUUUUCGUGUGUUUUAACAAAUAACUAAUGUCAAUUAAAAAAAAUGUUUUAAAAGGCUACAGACGAGGUUAACGAUUUAGUUUUUAUUUGAGAAGUUACCACAUUAUAAAAUAUUUGUUCUACUUGAAUUUUCUAUUUGACCUGCUUCACAACAACAACAUAAAGUCACAUGGGUGGGAACAAUACAGAAAACGUUAUCAUAGAACAUCUGGUGUUCUGAGGGCAAAUGAGGUUUUCUUUCAAAAAGAUGGAGCUGUUCUAUGUUCAACGCUACCUUAUUGAUGGUUUUGCUAGUAGAGCCUGGCCUGUUGUCUUCGGGUGAUGCCCCUGUGUGGCUGUGCUGUCCCCGAGGCUGUGCAGGCCUGACUGAUGUCUGUGAACCCGUAGUGAUAAAACUCUUAUGAAAGUUCUAUCUCUGCGUGUACCCCUCUCGUCCAGUGAGAUUUGCUGCUUCAGUCACUUCAUUGGCAUGGGGUUUGAUCAGUCACCCAGACGUCAGAAUUAGACUAAUUCACUUCCAAGACUGACACAGGGUACAUCGCCAGCACAAGACAGCCUUGAUCACGCAAUAUUCUCAUUGCUACAUUUAAAGGUGGAUCGAGGUUUUGGUGUGGUUUUUUUGUGUGUGUGUGUGUGUGUGUACGUUUGUUUGUGUUUGCAUGUGUGGUAGGUAUGAGGGGAAAAUGAGGAUUCAGUGUUUUAGCAGGCUACUCAAAAUAAAUGUUUUUCAGGAAAACGUUUUCUAGAAACCAAUCUUAUAAACAAGGCCAUCUUCAACCUCACCAAAACUAGCCCCUGUUCAUCAUUGUCAAGGAUGUCUGCCCUUUUUUAUCCUCUGCAAGCUCUAUUCUGAGCAUAGAUGAUGAUUUGUUUGUUUUUACAAAGUAGUUGACUGUGUUAGGUUUGAAUUUGUAUUUAGACCACCUUCAAUUUGUGUUUUGUUUUAUUUUAUGGGGUGUCCAAACCCUCAAAACCGUUUGUAGAGUGUUUGUAAGGGGUUAGAUACUGUAUUCCAAAGUGAAGAGAGAUAGAGGAGGUGUCAAGACAUCAAAGUGUCAAUAUUUUUAUUGAGUUAUUAUUAUUAUUGUCUUUUUGCGCUGCUAAAAGCUAUGAUUUUGUUUCAUUCUUAUAUACAAAAAAAAAAUGACAUUACUUAGUUGUGAUGUGUCACUUGAGUGUGCUGCUAUUUUAUAAACAUUUGUAUUAUAAUAUAAUUAUUUUACUGCUUAAGAGAUACAUUCAGAAUACUGAAGUAGAUGGUAAUAGAAGAACAUGACAUGAGUAUUUGACUGGAAAUGUUCUUUGUACAGGUUGCUUAGAUAGCAUGUUUCUUUUCCUUUUGAUCUAUUUUGCUCUACUUUCUCAGUCACAUUGCGGUAUCUCUAUACCUCAGGUUUACUGGACAUAAAAAGAAUAUCUGAAUACCUCACAACUCUACAGUUUUUAGGGAGCCUGGGAAGGGUAACAGUACAGUAGAAAGCACAGUGGUUUUGUCUGUUGUGAAAUGUACUGACCUUGUUGAGUGGCAAGCAUGCAAGGCUCCCGUCUGGACUUAAACCCUAGUGGAGGGUGCACAACAACAAGUCAACACUUCCUUGGUCAGUUUAAGUUGAUGGUGGUGCUAAUUGUGAGACUCGUGUGACAGUCAUUGCAAAGACAAAUGUGAAAAUGUCUCAAAUAUCAUUGAUGAUUAAUUACAUGGUUUGUUCCAAUUAAUGUCGAUGGAUUUUGAUUCCUAAGCUUGAUUUGAUGAGCUUAGUUGACCUGUGUGUUCCAGGUGGUCCUAUUGUCUGGAAAACCAAUACAAAAUGGCUAAACCAAUCAAUCAAAAAGCUCACCACAUACUGCAUCUGACAUGAGGAAGUGUGUUUCAACAGCGGGGAUUUCCCUUUAGUUGUCCCCCUUCCACUAGAAGUUACAUAAUGUACCUCAGAAAUGUCUGUUGCACAACCUCUGUUCAAUAAACUUCUGCUUUAAAGAGUCUGACACCAUACCAGUCCAAUGUUAUUCUAAUUUCUGUUUUCUUUUUGUAAUGUUAUUAUGGUUAGUGGAGCAGAUUGUAGGAUGUGAUUGUGUACAUAAAGUGAGGUGAACACUAGAGGUUGCUGUAGUCAUGAAACCAAGAGGACUCGAGAGCUGUUAAGUGGAGUGGAGCUGAGAUUGUGGGGCAACUGAGGAUACUGCAGUCUGGUUAAGGGCAAAAAAACAGCAACGAAUUAAAACAAAAGUUAAGAAGACGGACCCCCUGCUUGAAUACCAACCAAAACUUGCUAUUAAGAAUGUGUUUGUUUCUGUUGCUUCCCCUGUAUGACGUCCUCUGAAGUGUUAACACACUAAUCAGUCAGGUUUCAAGCAAGUGGGAUAUUGGUGUCUGUCUGAGUUUGUCCUCUGACUCUGGGGCGCUAAGGCACUCUUAUGCAGCUUCUUGUUGGGCUGUUUUUUAGGGGGACUGGAUCAUGUAGGCCUAGUAAGUGAAUAAGUUGGUUUCGAAGUUAGCGUUGAAUUCAGUAUUGAUAACUUCUGUUUAUGAUUAAUCAGCUCUUUAUUGGUCUGUCUGAAAGGAUCCCUUAAAGUGUUAAGGGUCAAGGCAUGCUGUACAAUCAAUAAACUCACCAUGAAUUAAA